GCUGAGGGCGCAUUCACUAAACAGUGGACGGGGUUGCUAUGGGCUUCGGGUUAUGAGGGCAGAGAUUUGAUUUCUAUUGGGCCACCUUUAGUGCAAGAAAUUGAGAGUGAAGCUCGUUAAUUUUGAAUUUGCACAUUUCUACUUGAAUUCAAGCAACUUCGAAUAGCCAUGGCCCCGAAGAAAAACGCACGAGGACACAAAAUGAAAGCCUCUUCUCUCAGCCUGAUGGUUUAAUUGGACGAAGGCCACAGAACUGAAGCCAAAGCCCAGCUGUCCAGUAAAAAUGGCAAGAAGCCUGAGGUAGCAGGAGGAAGCUCCUUCUUCACCUGGUUCAUGGUUCUUGCCCUCCUGGGCGUCUGGACCUCUGUGGCCGCCGUCUACUUCGACCUGGUCGACUACCAAGGCGUCAUCGGUCAACUUUCGUCCUAUGAUGCUGAUGGAGAUGGUGACUUCGAUGUGGAGGAUGCUAAAGUACUGCUAGAUGAACCUCGACCCGAUCGGAAAAGAGCGAGACACAGAGCCAGCUUAAUCGAACCAGAAUCUCCAAAAACAAAGGUCAAGAAAAAAGAGGCGGCUACUGAGACCAAAGAUGAAAAUCCAGGACAUGUUUCCAAGAGAAAAGCCAAAAAAGAAAACCCUCUUACCAAAGACGUGGGCUGGAAGCUGAGGGAGGCCCUGAACCAGCAGCUGGCCAUCAUCCAUGAGCGAUUGGAGGCCAAAAAGAUUGCCAAGAUGGCGCUGGCCGAGGUGAGGAACAUCCUGGCCAGGGAGAAGGAGAAGGUCCUAGGGGUGACGAGGGACGAGGUGGCAAAGAAGGCUAAGGUGGCAACGGCAGCUAGGAUGGAGGACAAGCCAGAGAAGGGGGAGUUUAAGAAGGCCUUGGGCAAGAUUAGGAGAGACAAAGAGAAGGAGGGAGAAAAUAAGAAAGAGGGAGAAAAUAAGAAACAGGAGCAGGGCAAGAAAGCUAAGAAGAAUGCGACAAAGCCAGACAAGAAGUCAGUGAAAGAGGUGAAGGGUAAGAGGGUGGAGGUCCCCAAAGACGCCAAAAAUAAAGAGUCCCCCAAAGCUGCUGCUAAAAAGCUCAAGAUGUCUGAUAAGGGGGUCCGGAAAUGAUGCUAAACUCUUCACACCUGCACUGAUGUCGGUGAUCUUUCACUCCCUCUGCUGACACAGAUGUUAAAAGAUUCAGGAGAAACACCACCUGUGAGAGGUCUCCAGUGACAGACCCCUGCGAAUGGGAGUAGGAAACCCCAUACUGUGCAGGACAGCCAUUUCCGCAAUGUAUAGUGCAUAGUGUUUUAGCCACUUCCUGCUUGUGGUAAAAAUCAUAAUGCUGUCCUCUAUAGAAGUAUGAACUGGACAAGGAAAGGCGCCAAGAGGAUGGCAAGGUGCUGUAAGCUUAGUUUCCGAUGUGGUUUAGUUUUGUGUUAAUUUACAUCAGAAAAUAUAGCUUUAUUUAAAGUCGCUAGACAAGAUAUUUGUAGAAUUAGACAAUGAUUUAUUUUGCAUUUGGUGGAGAAGUGGAUUUGAAAGGAUCAGCUAUGUGCUUGUUCUUUGUUAAUAAAGUUGCUGGAUUCUG